AUGGAGGAAGUUGAACGAACCUUUGAAUGUUGUGGUGUCACGGGGCCAUCAGACUAUAACGGAAAAGUACCGACCAGCUGUGCGGGUCACACAGUCGGAUGUGCCGAACUGGCUGAGGCCCAAAUUAGAAAACACUCGACAACACUCUUCAUUGUCGCCAUCGUUGUUGCUCUUCUUCAGCUAGCUGCUGUCAUUGUUGCAUGUUGUCUGCAAUCAAGUAUCCGUAAAUACCAGACCGUCUAA